ACUGAAGCUUGUAGUAACAGAGGGGGUCAUAAUGGCGAUCGCCGCGUUAGUAUUUACGGGGCUCCUCCUUUUUUUCCUUGCUUUUAAUACGGACGACAGUUUUGCCUUUCCGACCGGUGCUCCACAAUCAGCGUGCGUGAGCAUGACACCGGGGCAUAUUGGAAUAUCGCCGCAGGAUAGCAAUCCACCGUUCACAAUACACGUCUCACCAAUCGAGUACUCGUCGAGUUCAAUUGCAUACGUUACAAUAUCAAGUCCAGUUCCUUUUGCCGGUAUUUUUUUGCAAGCACGCCAAGUCGGCGAAACGACACCAGUGGGCACAUGGGCAGAAAUCUCGGACACCUCUACAAAGAUAAUCACAUGCACGAAUCCCGAUGACGCAAUUACACAUACAACGGGCUAUCUGCCAAUCAGGGAGCCGACGUAUACGUGGAUAGCGCCAUCAUCUCCAGUUGGUAAUGUUGAAUUUAUAGCCACCAUUGCUUUAAAUCACGACGUAUUUUGGAUCGGCAUAAAAUCAGACGUUGUAGUAGAACUGGGUGCGACGACUGUUUCUUCAGCGAUAGCUACUAAUAAGGCAGCGACUCCGGUACGAUCGACACCCUCUCUAGAUGUCACCACGAUAGCUGCAGGAGAACAUACUCUGCAGCCCACAACUCAGAUACCGUCAACCAAUGCAACAACAACGGGGGUAGCUGAUCCGUGUUCUAUCCAGCCGUGCAUGAAUGGUGGCCAAUGUACCGUGGAGGGCGGUACAUUCCUGUGUGCUUGUGAAUUGGGAUUCAAAGGUGAAACAUGCAACGAAACUUCUGACCCAUGUCGGGAUCACCAAUGCCAAAACGGUGCUGUAUGCGAAGGCACCCCAUCUGAUGGAUAUACCUGUAGUUGCGCGGAGGGGUACAUUGGAGAAUUAUGUGAUGUGGUUGAUCAGUGUUUCCAACACGACUGUGAAAAUGGUGCCACUUGUGUUGACACGGGAGUGGGCUAUGAAUGUAGAUGCAGUGGUGGAUUCAUGGGACAAUUGUGCGAGACGAUUGAUUACUGUUUUGAAAAUGAUUGCCAGCAUGGUGCAACUUGUAUGAAUAUUCGCGUGGACUAUGUGUGCUCUUGCGCGGAUGGGUAUGUGGGAGGACUCUGUGAGAAGGUUGAUUACUGCUUAGAUAGCCUGUGUCAGAAUGGAGCUACCUGCGUAAACAACGAUUCCGGUUACACGUGUGAGUGCGCGACAGGAUUUACAGACCCCCUUUGUAUGAAAGAAAUACUUGAAACGACAGCAGCUUCUGAGGUGAGUACAGCGUUACCUCCAGUCACAAGUGCAGUCAUACCCGUCGUCAAAACAACCCCGGACAGACGGGGUGUCACAACACCGCUACCUGAUGUCACAACGUUGUCUGACCACGGUGUCAUCACUGCUGCAGCUAGAACCACGCCGAUCGACACCACCACUGACGUUUUCAACGCACGGACAACUGUACCGGAGAUUGUGACCACGGACGGAGCGCUCAAGACCACGCCAUCUAGAGUUGAAACUACCGCGCGGUUCCUUUAUUGUUCAUCGGGUCCCUGUCAAAACAACGCCGCCUGUGUCGAGUCAGUCGUUGAGCCGUUCUAUAUAUGUCAGUGUCCCUUCCCAUAUCACGGACAAGACUGUGACAGAAUGGGAACUGCCAAUUGCGGGAACAAUUACUACGAGCCGUCGGGAGAGAUUACGUCACCAAAUUUCCCGCAACUUUACAAUAAUCGGGAUUACUGCCAGUACGUCAUCAAGGUAGCAAACGCACAUUCCAUUUUCUUUUCAUUUUCUAACUUCGAAGUAGAGGAGAAUAAGGACACUUGUGAGAUAGGUCCGGGACCACUGGCGGAUUUCAGUAUACCGGAAGUGCAGGCUUUUGACGGCGAUAUACUUCCGCCCGAUAUCGUCUACAGCAAUGAGAACCAAGCUUUCAUAAUAUGGACGACAGACAGGAAUAUAUUGAAAACAGGAUUCCGAUUGGUCUACUCAACGGAUGGCGAUGAGUGUGCCAGUAAUCCGUGUUUUCCGGGUUAUCAAUGUAAUGAUUUGAUACAGAGAUAUGAAUGUCAAGAAAUUGACGAAUGUGCCAGCUUCCCGUGUCAACAUGGCGGUACAUGUAUCGAUCGCAUCAACUACUACGAAUGUGUAUGUCCACCGUCUUAUACUGGGCAGAAUUGUCAUAUACAAAUCAAUCCAUGUGAAAGUGGCCCAUGUCGAAAUGGAGGUGGUUGUGUCAACCUUGUCACUACAUACCAGUGCCAAUGUCCCAUAGGAUGGACGGGUCCUACGUGUCAAACAGAGCUCAACGCCUGUGCUCCUACCAAUCCUUGCUUGAAUGGCGGAACGUGCAAUAACUUUUUCACUUCCUACGCCUGUAACUGUGCGCCAGGCUGGCAAGGUGCUGACUGUGAACUUGAGAUAGAUAUGUGUCUAAACGGACCAUGUCUGAAUGGUGGUACUUGUACAAACUUUCAGACGUACUUCGUUUGUGAUUGCCCUACUGGGUGGAUAGGAACUCAAUGUCAAACAGAAAUCAAUGCCUGCUCUCCAAACCCAUGUCAAAACGGAGCGACGUGCACAAAUUACUACAGUUAUUACACAUGCACGUGUCCCGCAGGAUGGGAAGGAACUAACUGUGACAUAGAGACGAAUACAUGCAGAAGUACACCAUGUCAAAACGGUGGGACCUGUAGGAGCUCCCAAACGUUCUACGCGUGUACCUGUCCCCUGGGCUGGCAGGGGACAAACUGCGAACAAGAGAUCGAUGCAUGCGAUCCAAAUCCAUGCCAGAACAGCGCCACCUGUGUGAAUAUGCAGCCUAAUUACGCGUGUAUUUGUCCACCAACUCACGAAGGUCUUCAGUGUGAAUUUGAAAAAAAUGCGUGCUUUCCAAACUAUUGCCAAAAUGGAGCUACGUGUGUCAAUCUCUUCACUGCGUAUCGAUGCACAUGCAAUGCCGGAUGGAAGGGUACAAACUGUGAAACUGCUGUCGAUCUUUGCAAUCCUGUCAACCCCUGCAUGAACGGUGGUUUAUGUAACAAUUUACAAACUUCAUAUAUAUGUUCGUGCCCAGUACGAUACACUGGGACACAUUGUGAGAAUGAACUCAAUGCUUGUUCCGAUAAUCCCUGUAUACAUGGUUAUUGCAACAACCAAUUUACCGGAUAUUUAUGCAUCUGUGAUGUUGGAUGGACAGGUCAAAACUGUGAUUUCAAUGUUGAUGACUGCUACAACUCGCCCUGUCAAAACGGUGGCACGUGUGUCGAUCAAGUGGGCGGCUAUGGUUGCAACUGUGCACCUGGGUAUUCCGGUACUAGCUGUGAAAUAAUCACGAAUUUGUGUUCCCCGAAUCCUUGUUUGAACCAAGGUAUUUGUCAGAACUACCAGACGUCGUACGCGUGUGUUUGUCCACAGGGGUGGACCGGCCAGAACUGUGAUACAGCUAUGGAGGCGUGCUUACCGGAUCCGUGUCAGAACGGAGCAACGUGUAAUAAUUUUUAUACCUACCACACGUGUACAUGCUCACUGGGCUGGACGGGAUACAACUGUGAAACUGCUAUAAACACGUGUGAACCAAACCCCUGUUACUAUGGCGGAGUUUGUACUAACUUACAAACUCACUACACGUGCGAAUGUCAAGCAGGGUGGACUGGACAAAACUGUGAAACAGAAAUUAACGCGUGCGCCAGUUUUCCUUGCCAGAAUGGCGGAGUCUGUCAGAACUAUCAAGUCUCAUACGUAUGUCAGUGCCCAAUUGAAUGGACGGGGUUGAACUGUGAAACGUCUUUGAAUGCAUGCGGAUCGAACCCAUGUCAGAACGCAGCCACGUGUCUUAACUUUUACACAUACUAUCGAUGCGAAUGCUCAGCUGGCUGGACAGGAACUAACUGCAACGAGGCUAUCAACUCGUGUGCCAAUUACCCUUGCCAAAAUGGUGGUACUUGCGUCAACUACCAGACAUAUUUCGGGUGUACUUGUCUCCCAGCAUGGACAGGUUCAACUUGUGAAUUAGCGGUGACUCCAUGCGCCAGUGACCCCUGUUUGAAUAAUGGAAUAUGCCAGGAUUAUCUCUACGAUUACCAAUGCGCAUGCACAGCAGCAUAUACCGGGCGAAACUGUGAAACAGUUUUGGAUGCCUGUGUACCAAACCGAUGUAUGAACGGCGCCACGUGUGAGAAUCAUUACAGCUAUUUCGAGUGCAAUUGCGCCCCGGGAUGGAGAGGUGUAAUAUGCGAUAUCAUGCAAGACAUGUGUAUAAGCGGCCCUUGUCGGAACGGUGCUGCGUGUUCUAACUACCAGACGUUCUACGAGUGUGCGUGUACAGCCGGAUACACUGGCCCAAACUGUGAAUUUGAUUUAGAUGAGUGCUCCAGUAACCCAUGUCAAAAUGGAGGGACUUGCACCGACUUACAAAAUGGAUAUAGAUGUUCGUGCUCCCUUGAAUGGUCUGGAACUACUUGCACCGAAGCUCGUAACCCGUGUUUGAGUAAUCCAUGCCGAAAUGGGGGUCUGUGCGUAAACAAGUACACGUUCUAUGAGUGUGACUGUACUGCGGGCUGGACCGGUCCCAGUUGCAAUGUCGAUGUUAACGAGUGUGCCAGCUCCCCGUGUCUGAAUGGCGGUAUAUGCAAUAACCGCAUCAAUGAAUAUGUAUGCUCCUGCCCUCAACAGUGGACAGGGGUAAACUGUCAGCUAGGUGUUAACCCAUGCAGUAGUGACCCUUGUCAUAACGAAGCUGCGUGUAUCAACAGACUAACCUAUUUCACGUGUAGUUGCAUUCCUGGUUAUACUGGCAUUCUCUGCGAAACUGACAUAAACGAAUGUACCAGUAAUCCUUGUUUGAACAGUGGGACUUGCGUUGAUCUAGUCGAUGGUUUCAUGUGUAACUGUAAAUCAGAUUGGAUGGGAACGUUCUGCGAAGAAGCUGUUGGAUGUAUAGCAAAUUUCACCGUGGAAGCCGGCGGUACUCUCGAACUUCAUUCACCUAACUAUCCGUCCAAUUACCAUGACAACGAAUACUGCAAAUGGAUAGUUUCCACCGUUCCCGGUUAUGUGUUACAUAUCCGAUUCAAUUAUUUCUACACCGAGUUCCGCUACGACAUCAUCACCAUCGGAAACCGCAACGAUGUUAACGACGUUGGAUCGAGGGUCCUGGAAACAUCGGGAACGAGAGAACCGAUUGACUUCAAAUCAUCGAGCAACGUAGCCUGGGUGACUUUCUCCAGUGACCACGAAAAAACAGAGAAAGGAUUCUCACUGGAUCUCCGAUCAGAUUCUAUAUUUGACGAUAUUGACGAAUGUAACAGUUUCCCGUGUCAGAAUGCUGGUACAUGUGUCAAUGGUCUGGGCAUGUACGAGUGUUUUUGCUCUGCUUCUUAUAUGGGGAUUAAUUGCGAAACACCAACAGAAAUCAACGAAUGUGCAAGUUCACCUUGUCCGACCGAUUAUAUUUGUCUUGAUCUUCAAAAUAGCUUUGUGUGUAUCUGUCCGGAAGGAGUCACUGGUCCUCAAUGUAACCUAGAGUUCAAAGCUUGUGAUACCAACCCAUGUUACAAUAGUGGAACAUGCACGGAUAUACCGGGGAUUGGUUAUGAAUGUGACUGUGCUUCUGGAUGGACUGGAUCAACCUGUGCCCUGGAUAUUGACGAGUGCUCCAGUAACCCGUGCCAAAAUGGCGCCACUUGUGUGAAUCAGAAAAACCGAUACGUAUGUUAUUGUAGAGACAAUUUCGACGGAGUGAACUGUCAAAACUACAACGGACCCCCGGGAUGUGCUUCGAGUCCAUGUCGUUACGGAAGUGCAUGUACGAAUAUUGGUGAAAAUGCAUUCAAGUGUGACUGCAUAAGCGGGAAAACUGGAGAACUGUGUGACGAAGAUAUCAACGAGUGUUCAUCGAACCCAUGCAUGAAUGGCGGAACGUGUCAAAACCGUGACAACAGCUUUACGUGUAUAUGCAGGGGAUAUUAUUCCGGAAGUCGAUGUGAGCUGGCGGGCUGCCAGACCAAUCCAUGCAAAAAUGGCGCUGCGUGCACGGAACAACCUGCUUUGGAAGUCGUGUUGUGCACAUGCCCUGCAGAAUAUACGGGGACUUACUGCGAAAACCGAAAGCCAGAGAUGUGUACGGCCAUGCAAAAUGACUGCAAGAACGAUGCCAUGUGUAUUGUGAUUAAUCAAGAAGAUAUUAUCUGUGGGUGUAAAGCCGGAUUUACUGGAAGCAAGUGUGAGCUAGAUUUGGAUGAUUGUGGUAAUCAAUGUAAAAACGGAGGAACAUGCGUGGAUAAACCAAAUGGUUUUGAAUGCACGUGCAGACCUGGAUACACGGGAGAUUACUGUGAAAGCGACUUCAACGAGUGUUACAGUAAUCCAUGCCAGCAUGGGGUGUGCAGAGAUCAAAUCAACGAAUACGAGUGUGAAUGCAAUGCGGGAUAUACAGGCGAUAAUUGUGAGACUAAGGUUGUAGCGCAAUUAGAAGCGGAAUCGGAUUUACUCUUGGAGCCAAUGUGGAUAGCAAUUAUAGUAAUUUUAGCGUGUUUAAUUAUAGUAUUUGGAAUAAUAUUAAUAUGUACAUAUGCGAGGAAGGAAUACAAAAAAUAGUUAAUUUUAUCAUUUUAUUCAAAGCUAAAACCUAAUCUAUGCAAUAUUACUUAUGUUUCAUCAACUGAAAAAAUGUUGAUAAUUAUGAAAAAAAAAUCGAUUCUGCAUUUGUAAAAAGGAAAUAUCCAAAUAAAUCCUCGGAACAUUUUCAUCAUGUAAAUCUAUGACCACCAAGAAGACAGAUGAGUAAAAAGCAUUCUCCUCAUUGCCGAUGAGAGAAUCUCUAACACUCCUCAAAUACUGACGUUGAGGGCAGCGCAUCCUAUUGAACUAAAAUUCCAAUCUUUGUUUUUUUUGAUUUCCAGAAUAUAAUAUUGCCCAUAAUAACUUGAAACUCCAAGUGUUUUUUUUACACUAAAUUCAACACAAAAUAUAUUGGAUACAAAAAGCUAGCCCAUCACAGAGAUACUAUUUCUUCCACGUUUACAAUAAAGACAGUCAACAUCGCCCCAAUUGUUGGAUAUGUAGAGUCAGAAAAAGAUACGAGAUUUGAUUUGUAAUCUAUUUAAGAGUUCUUCUCAGUAAUAUUUUUAGACCGUGGUACGAUUUUUUUUACUAAUAUAUAUCGUGCACAUGCCACUGUCAUCCAUGUGACAGCAAGUCCCACUUCUAGAAAUCAUUUUUAGUUUCCAGAAAUCGGUUUAAUGUGAAGGAUAAUCAUUUCAGUUGCCCGUUUUGUGUUUUUUGUUUGUUGUUUUUAUAAAAAACUGACACCUUGAGCUCGAAUGAAUGUUAAAUUAUCAAUUUUAAAGCAGUUAAAACGUCACCAUGUACUAACGAUUGCGUAGCUACUCAUUCACGUUACCGCUUAAUAAUUAUGCAAACCUUUGCACAUGCGUGAUUAACAAAUUAAUACGCGACACACAUUUUUAGUGAUAAAUCAUUUUUUUUGAGGAAUUCUGUUAAAUAUUAUUGUACAUGGAUUAUUUAAUAUUGUUGUAUGUUAUCAUAUUCGUAUUUUUUACAAUAAUAAACUUUCACGCCAGAAGUAA